AUGUUUUAUAUGAUUCAACAACAAUUAAAAUUAUUUCUGCUAAUUAUAUUUUAUUGUUUCAAUAUCAUAAGUGGAGGUCCUGAUCAAAAUCGUUUGUUAAACUAUCUAUUGGCUGAUAAUCGAUACAGACCCAUUGCACGACCAGUUCAAAAUGAUUCUGACACGUUACCUGUUACUAUAAAUUUAGCUUUACAACAAAUCAUUGAUUAUGAUGGAAAGAACGAAGCUAUUAUUAUUAGUGGCUGGAUCACUAUCAUGUGGUACGAUUAUAGUUUAAGAUGGAAACCAGAAGAAUUUGGUAAUAUUCAAACACUACGAAUACCAAGAGUCAAUUUGACGGCAGAAAAUAGCCGAGGUCAAUUAGAUGCAUAUGUCCAAAAUGCUGAAUGGCAAUUAGAAGGUAGCUGCAUCAAUAUUAUUGUUUUUCGUUUCAUAGCACCUUGUUUUCUUAUUAGUUGUAUGACACCACUUGGAUUUUUAUUAUCACCGGAUAGUGGCGAAAAAUUAACCUUGCGUGAGUUAGAAUUUGAUCAUAAAAAGUUUAUUCUUAUACAUUUGAAGUCUUCAGAGAUUACAACCCUUUUAAGUGUUAUUAUGUUCAGUUUAGUUCUAUCGGAAAUUCUGCCAUCAAGUUCAACUGCUAUACCAAUUAUUACCAUUUAUUUCAUCUGUGUCAUGUUCAUGACAGCAGUCUCAGUUGUUGCAUCAGUAUUUAUAUUAUCUCUUCAUAAUCGAAACUCUAGUAAUCAUACAAUGCCAUUAUGGAUUCGUAAAUAUAUUUGUGACUAUUUGGCAUGGCUAUUACUUAUGAAGCGUCCUGAUCAUGAUUUGAGUUGGCAUGCGAUUAGUCGUCGAUGGACUUCGUCAAAAGAAGAAUCGGAUAAUAUACAUGAAUCGAUCGGUAUUCAUCAAUCUAAGAUUCCUUCUGAAUCAUUGUUUAAUAAUAAAUUCGACUUGUUAUCAAGUAAUGUUAUAAAUGUCCAUAAGGAACCUUUAGUAUUUUUGGAAAAACAACACUCAGAUUCGAUAUUAGAAUCCGCUGUACCUCCGGCAACAAAAACUCAUGAUUAUGGUUAUCAUCAAAAUACAUCUAAUGAAUUGUACAUAUGUGAUAUGGAUACGACAUGCUCUGAGCUACGUGUUAUUAUUUCUCAACUUGCUAUUCUUAUUAAUUAUUCUCGAAAAAAAGAGAAAGAUGAAAAUGAAUCUCAAGAUUGGCAGUUUGCGGCAAUGGUCAUCGAUCGUCUUUGUCUAUUGCUUUUUUCUAUAAUUAUGUUUCUUUUUACUGCAUUUACUCUUCUCCACGUUUAA